AUGCCGAACGAGGGCGAACGGUCAACUGCCGCCGACAAGGGCAAGGGCAAGGUUGAGGAUGUUCGCGAGCUAAACGAAAAGAAGCCUCAAAAGGAUGAGAAGGCCCCAACAGAGGGAAAGAAGAAGGACGAGGAGCCACAGGAAGAUGAACUCAGCGAGGAAGACCAAGAGUUGAAAAACGAGCUCGAGAUGCUUGUUGAGCGGUUAAAGGAGCCGGACACCUCCCUCUACGGGCCUGCUUUAGAUGCCAUCAAAAACUUCAUCAAGACUUCAACCUCGUCUAUGACCGCCGUUCCGAAGCCCCUCAAAUUCCUCCGACCGCAUUACGAUGACCUCGCGGACCUGUACGAGAAGUGGACAGCGGGUUCUGUUAAGGACUCGUUGGCUGAUAUGCUUUCCGUACUCGGUAUGACCUACGGAGAUGAGGAGAAGCUGGAGACGAUCAAGUACCGCUUGUUGGCCAAGUCCGAGGACCUUGGCUCCUGGGGCCACGAAUACGUUAGACACUUGGCGUUGGAGAUUGGACAAGAAUAUCAGAGCCGGCUGAACGCAGACAAGGACACUCAAGAUUUGGUGGACCUAGCACUUUCGCUGGUGCCUUAUUUCCUGGGCCACAACGCCGAGGCUGAUGCUGUCGAUCUUAUGAGUGAACUGGAGAUUAUCGAGGACAUCCCACAAUUUGUUGAUGAGAACACUUAUGCUCGAGUCUGCUUGUACAUGGUUAGCAUGGUCAACCUGCUCACCUAUCCCGAGGACCAGCAGUUCCUCCGCACAGCUCACACGAUUUACGUCCGCUACAACAAGCUUUCUCAGGCGAUUGUGCUCGCCAUCAGAUUGAACGACAUCGAACUCAUCAAGACUGACAUUAGUGCCACGACUGACAGGGCCCUCAAGAAGCAAAUGGCAUUUUUGGUCGCACGACAGCAAAUCUGGCUUGAUAUUGACGAGGACGAGGAGGAUACUGAAUCUCUAUUAGAUUGUCUGAACAACACCUCUAUUCCGAAUCACUUCAAGUCUCUCGGAAAGGAGCUCAACAUUCUGGACCCCAAGAUGCCCGAGGACAUUUACAAGACACACCUGGAGAGCAGCCGCGGAGCCGGUCUCACCAACCUCGAUUCGGCACGACACAACCUGGCCAGCGCAUUCGUCAACUCUUUUGUUAAUGCCGGCUUUGGUAAUGAUAAGAUGAUGCUUGUUGAUGGGGAGAAGGGUCCAUGGGUGUGGAAGACUAAAGAUGACGGCCAGCUCUCUACGACAGCGUCAUUGGGUAUGCUUAUGCACCGGGAUGUUGAAGAGGGGUUGAACAAGAUUGAUAAGUUCACCUACGUGGAGGAGGACCAGGUCAAAGCCGGUGCUCUCCUUGCAACCGGUAUCCUGAACUCCGGAGUGCGGAUGGAAUCCGAUCCUGCUCUUGCUCUCUUGAGUGAUCCCGACAAUCUGGAGGCCAAGAAUGUGCCAAUGCGGGUCGCAUCCAUCAUGGGUCUUGGUCUGGCAUAUGCCGGCUCUAACAAAGAAGAACUGCUAGAUGUCCUACUUCCGAUUGUGGAGGAUGCCUCGCUAGACAUGCAGCUGUCCGCCAUGGCAGCAGUUUCGCUUGGUCUCAUCUUCGUGGGAUCUUCAAAUCACCAGGUGAGCGAGGCAAUUGCUACAACUUUGAUGGAUGAGGAGCGUCAGAAGCAGUUGAAGGAUAAGUGGACACGAUUUAUGGCCCUUGGUCUGGCUCUGCUUUACUUCGGCCGGCAAGAGGAGGUUGAUGUCGUUCUUGACAUCCUGAAAGCGGUCGAUCACCCCAUGGCGAAGCCAACCUCGGUUCUUGCAUCGGUCUGUGCUUGGGCUGGUACAGGAACUGUGCUUAAGUUGCAAGAACUCCUUCAUAUCUGCAAUGACCUAAUCGAGGAGAAGGAGGAGAACAAGGGCGAUGAGCUCGUUCAGUCAUAUGCUGUUCUAGGUCUUUCACUCAUUGCUAUGGGUGAAGAUGUUGGUCAGGAUAUGAUUCUCCGCCAGUUUGGUCAUCUCAUGCACUACGGUUCCAGCAACAUUCGUCGCGUCGUGCCCCUCGCCAUGGGUCUUGUCAGUCCAAGCAACCCCCAGAUGAAGAUUUACGACACCCUAUCCCGGUACAGUCACGACAACGACAACGAGGUCGCCAUCAAUGCCAUCUUUGCCAUGGGUUUGUGUGGUGCUGGCACCAAUAAUGCUCGUCUGGCCCAGCUUCUGCGGCAAUUAGCCAGCUACUACCACCGCGACCAAAACUCGUUAUUCAUGGUGCGCAUCGCUCAGGGUCUUCUUCACAUGGGCAAGGGAACAAUGACUCUCAACCCAUUCCACACCGACCGACAGGUACUUUCUCGUGUGUCGGCAGCUGGUCUCCUCACAGUGCUCGUGUCUUUGAUUGACGCCAAGCAAUUUAUCCUUGCCGAGCACCACUACCUGCUCUACUUCCUCAUCACCGCCAUGUUCCCCCGGUACCUUGUUACCCUUGAUGAGGACCUGCAACCACUCACCGUGAACGUCCGCGUGGGUCAGGCCGUUGAUGUUGUUGGCCAGGCUGGUCGGCCAAAGACCAUCACCGGAUGGCAGACCCAGAGCACCCCUGUGUUACUGUCGUACGGUGAAAGAGCCGAACUUGAGGAUGAGCAGUACAUUCCUCUUAGCAGCACACUCGAGGGCUUAGUUAUUCUGCGCAAGAACCCUGACUGGGAAAGCCCCGAAUAA